AUGGUACAGACACAGAGCAAGAUUGGUGACGGUGGCAAAUCAGUCUCCAAGCAGUUCAAUGAGCUGCCGGUCAAUAACUCAAUCCCCAUAGCUGAAUCUGUCAGAAACAAGAUUGAGGAGGCAGAGGCAGAGACUGUUAGGGCUGAGGUGGUGCCGAGGGUCAGCUUCAAAUUAGCUCUGCUCUCCCGGCAGUUUGAUGAUCUGUGGGACAACAUGUGCCAGCUAGUCUCAACAGAACCAAAAUUUCUAGCGAUAUGCAUGCUUAUUCGGGAGCCCUUCGCACACUAUUGCUCCACAUUGAAGUUUAUCUCUGCAGUUUUUGACCGGCUUGGUCAAUGGGUGCCAGAUUUCAGAGAGGGAUUGGAAUUGAUAAAGUUAAACCUGGACAGGGAUAAGGAUGUGGAAGUUGAGGAUGUGUAUGAGGCGACGAAGGUGGCUGAGGAGUAUUAUUUCAAUGCUUACCGUAGAGAUUGGGAAUGUAGGCGCAGCAACUUUGGCAGCUUCGAAGACCCAACAUUAUUGAGCCCUAUGUACUUUACCCAAAUCAUACCAGGCCACACUGAAGUGGGUGCUGAACUCGGGAGGACCAUGCAGGUCUACUCUAUUAAAGUUGCAGAAAGAGAAGGCUUCACCCUUGAGUGGCCACUGAAGGUAUACGGUGUAGUCGCUGCCCGAGAUGUUGUGGACUAUCGUCGCAACCUUCUCUUCCUUCGCACUAGGGAUGACUGCCAAAUCCUCACGACAGAGUAUCCUUUCUUGCACUUGACUGGCCCGUCUCGUGCAAUUAUGUCCAAGGACACUGUUACAAUUGAAGUUCAUCUAAAGUUAAAGGGCACAGUGGAAUCUAAAGAUACCACAUUGAUCAGUAAAGCCUUCGAUGAUUAUGACGGUGUUUCUACGUGUCUCCUCCGUGGCCUUUGUGACAUUGAUUUAUGCUAUGAUCAUCUUGAACAAUCACACCAAGCCACUAUCCUCGGUGUCCGUGUUGUUAAGGGCUCAUUGCCUUGUGACAAUGGCAUCAAAGUCAUUUGCUCCACGCUACCUGGGGACAAAACUGAAGGCAGUGGCUCUGGGCAUGUUUUGCUGCUUGAUUCACAAGCUGGAAAAAUGCCUAUGAGUAAAGAGCGUUAUCUAGAUCUGUCGAGACAGGUUGUAUCUGUAAAAUCAAGAGGGAGCCUGGAAAUUCUCAUGCAGGCUGGAGGAAUCAGUCAAAGUGUCGUCUUUCCAACCAAAUUCAGCAACGUAAGUCGAAAAAGUUGUAAGCUUGGUGAUUGUGAAGUGCAGAUAACUGUUGCUUGGUCCUUACUCAUUGAAAGCCAGCAUGAUAUCUCGGUGAAUGGAUCUGUACACCCUUACGCAUGGGAAUCAAUUCCACGUAUGCCCAUCAUGAAGCUUGCUGACGCUUGUUGAUAUCAUGUGAACUGUUGCCUGGUGAAGUUGUCUGCUACUUCUAGCUUAUUGUGUGUGCUAAUUGUUCCUACCACUAUGAUACAAGGCAUUCUUCUUUGAUAACUUUGGUCUUGUGUCUAUGCUAAUUGUUCCUGUACUAUUAUGAUGUAGUAUAAGACAAGGUCUAUAUUUCA